AAAAAAGAAAACUAUCCUUUCCUUUUGAAUAUACAAUGGCUUUAAUAAAGGAAAAUUCUUUAGAUAAUUUAAGUGAUCAACAUCAAGUUGAAGAUUCGAAUAAAAAAAAAGAAAAUCCUGCUGCUUGUGUGUUUGUGGCAAGUUUAAAUAAGCAUUUGGAAGAUCAAGAAUUACAUGAUAGUGUUUUGAAACACUUUAAACAAUGGGGACAAAUUAUAGGUGUCAAAGUAUUUAAAGAUUGGCUAAAAAGACCUUAUGCAUUUGUACAAUAUGAAAAUAUAUCCCAUUGUAAACUUGCUUUAAAAGAAGCACCUGGAACAAUAUUAAAUGGUAGAAGUAUUCGAUGUGAACCAGCAAGAGUAAAUAGAUCUAUUUGUUUAAUAUCAUUAAAUCAACCAUUUCAUAAGAAACAUAUACAAGAUACACUGUCAACAUUUGGUGAAAUUGAAGAUAUCACUAUUUUACAACCUCAUGGAAAAUUCCAUUCUAUUUUUAUUAAAUAUCGAUAUCGAGAUGAUGCUUUGAAAGCCUAUAUGACUUUAAAGUUUUCAGAUCAUCACUCUAUUUCCAAGUUAAUUCAACAAAAUCAAUGGUUUAUUGAAUGGGCUUCUAAUUUAGAUGAUAAUAAUCUUCAUGGUGUAUGUGGUAUUAGUUGUCGUUUAGAUAAACUUUGUAUCUUUGUAGGUAAUUUACCUGAAUCAACAAGUCAACAUGAUUUACAUAAAGAAUUUGACAAAUUUGGUACAAUUACCAAUAUUCAUUUAAUACGUAAACCCUAUCAUCGACCUACUAUCAAAAAAGUAUUUGCCUUUAUUAAAUACAAGUCUGAAAAAGAAGCAUCAGAUGCUAUAGAGCAUGAAAAUGGUAAACUGUAUAAAGAUGAUAAAAUUAUUCGUGUUUGUUUUCGACAAUAUCCUUUUAAUUCUUGUAAACAAUGCAAUAAUACAACUACUUUUAUCAAUGAUCAUCAUAACAAUAUUAUGUCAACAAAUAAUUUUUAUUAUUCUCCUCCAAUGAUAGAAGAUUAUUCUUCUGUAGGAAAUACACCUUUUAUGUAUAUCCCAUCACUUUAUCCUUCAUAUCUACAACAAAAUAUGAUACCUUUUACUACUAAUACAAACACUACUGCUACUGCUAGUAAUAAUAAUAAUAAUACUACUGCUACUACUACUACUACUACUACUCCUGCUACAACUACAGUACCUGCUACUACGGCACCUCAACAAGAUAAAUUAUCAACAUCAGCUAAUAAUAAUAAUAAUAAUAAUCAAUCUUCUUCUUCUUCUUCUUCUUCUUCUACAACUUCUUUAUCAGCUUACUACCCCAAUAAAGACAGCUUUUAUAAUACUAUUAUUACGCCAUUCCUUUUUAAUAAUAAUCCUGAUUAUACAAAUGGUUAUUACAUGGAUCCUUAUCCUACUAUGGUUUAUUAUACUUAUCCACCACCACCACCACCACCACCACCUCUUCCUCACUCUACAUAUAAUCCUUAUAAAUAAGUACAAAAAUAAGUGUAGUUUAUUGCUUGAUUAAAUUAUAAUAAAAUAAUUAUAUAUGUAUACACAUAUACAUAUAUAUACAUAUAUCUAUUUAUAUGCAUAUGCUAAACUUAUAUAAGGCCACUGUUUAUAUAUUAAUAUCGACCUCCACGCUACAAUAAAAUAGAAUAUGAGAAUAGGUAUGUAUAUGCCGUAUGUGUAGUUACAUAUAUAUAUUUACAUUAGCCAGGACACUUAUCAUACUUUUUGCUCCAAAUGUUAACAUUG